AUGCUUGGGGGACUAGAGGAGAAGGAAGAAAACCAGUUGUGGCGGGGAAUCCCAGAAGAGAAGAGGCGCGCCAGUUGGAGGGAUGACAGGGCGGGCAUUCAAGGGAGGUAUGCGGACCCACAAGAGAGCGAGGAAGAGGAAGAGGAGGAGGAGGAGGAGGAGGAGGAGGAGGAGGAGGAGGAGGAGGAGGAGGAGGAGGGGAUGGAAGUGGCAGGGAGCGAAGAGGAAGGAGGAGGGGAUACGAACUGCGCCAGUAAGGGAAGGAGAGGCAAGAGAGCCAGAGGAGGUGGGACGAGCGGCAAACAGGGGGAAGAAUGA